UGCUUCCACCUACGCUCUGCGGUUGCACUUCCGGCGGGAGACACCAUCCCCAUCCGGGGUCAGGGCCCCGCUCCCUUCCUGUUAUUGCCCGUGCGGGAGGCGGUUCUUUGGGAUUGGGGUGGUGGCUGUCGGUGUUGUUUCCGUUCGCGCUCGGGGGCACGGUCGCCAAGCUUAGGGGGUGCAGUGGCGGCUGCAGCCUGGCUCAGGUAUUGUGAGUGCUGCGGAGUGCUGCCCAGCCCUGCCCAGUGGGGCUGUGGCUGCGGGCCGGCUCGGAGGCGGAGAAGCCGUGCCUGUGAGGGUCUGGAGUAAUUUGGUACUGAAGAAACCUUUUGUUUCAAUUUAAAGUUGCUGUCAGACUCCAUCCUAAGAAAUGUUCUGUGGGAAGUACACAGUAUGCUGUGUGGACAGUAGGAGAGGAAAUCUCUGCUCUUUUUCAGUAGAACUGAAGAUUGAUCUUGCUGCAGCAGAGGGUUACCUCUGAAAGCCAAGGUGACAUGCCUGGGGGAGAUCAGCACCAGGAAAGGUCCAGUAUCUAUCUGAAUUACAGAUCUGCUACACAGCUGCUCAUGUUAGAUGAAGAUUCAGACUAGACCAGAGUGCGGAACACCUGGAUUCACUCUGCUCAGGCUCCUUGUCUGUGUGCCAGCCCUUCCUGUUUUUAAAGAUCCUGUUUACUGUCUGUGUUCCAAAUAUCCCAGGAAGGUGGGAGGAUGGGAAGAAACAAGGAAAGAAAACAACCUUAUUUAAGGUUUAUGCCUAUGAAUCACUGCUUGAAAAACUUCCCGUACGAAGUUAUCUAGGGACUUAAAAAUGCCUCCACGACCAUCAUCUGGUGAACUAUGGGGCAUCCACUUGAUGCCACCGCGGAUCCUUGUGGAGUGUCUUCUCCCAAAUGGAAUGAUAGUGACUCUAGAAUGCCUCCGUGAGGCCACCUUACUAACUAUUAAACACGAACUCUUUAAGGAAGCAAGAAAAUACCCUCUCUAUCAGCUCCUUCAAGAUGAAUCAUCUUAUAUUUUUGUAAGUGUUACACAAGAAGCAGAAAGAGAAGAAUUUUUUGAUGAAACACGGAGACUUUGUGACCUGCGACUGUUUCAGCCUUUUCUAAAAGUUAUUGAACCAGUAGGUAACAGAGAAGAAAAGAUUCUCAAUAGAGAAAUAGGUUUUGCUAUUGGAAUGCCUGUCUGUGAAUUUGACAUGGUUAAGGAUCCAGAAGUACAAGACUUCAGAAGAAAUAUUCUUAAUGUUUGUAAAGAAGCAGUGGAUCUUCGAGAUGCCAAUGCACCGCAUAGUAGAGCAUUGUAUGUCUGUCCUCCAAAUGUAGAGUCUUCACCUGAACUACCCAAACAUAUAUACAAUAAACUAGAUAAAGGGCAAAUUAUAGUGGUGAUAUGGGUAAUAGUCUCACCAAACAAUGAUAAGCAGAAAUACACCUUAAAAAUCAAUCAUGACUGUGUGCCUGAGCAAGUUAUUGCUGAAGCAAUUAGGAAGAAAACGCGAAGUAUGUUGCUGUCAUCAGAACAACUGAAACUUUGCGUCUUGGAGUACCAAGGCAAAUACAUUCUAAAAGUGUGUGGCUGUGAUGAAUACUUGCUAGAAAAAUAUCCACUGAGCCAGUAUAAGUAUAUAAGAAGCUGUAUAAUGCUUGGUCGCAUGCCCAAUCUGAUGCUGAUGGCUAAGGAAAGCCUAUAUACCCAGCUGCCACUGGACACCUUUACAAUGCCUUCUUAUUCCAGGCGUAUCUCUACAGCUACACCCUACAUGAAUGGAGAAGCUACAGCCAAAUCCCUCUGGACUAUAAACAGUGCUCUCAGAAUAAGAAUCCUCUGUGCAACCUAUGUAAAUGUGAACAUUAGAGACAUAGACAAGAUCUAUGUAAGAACAGGUAUCUACCAUGGAGGGGAACCUCUGUGUGACAAUGUGAAUACGCAAAGGGUACCUUGUUCUAAUCCCAGAUGGAACGAAUGGCUAUUGUAUGACAUGUACAUUCUUGAUCUUCCACGUGCUGCUCGUCUGUGCCUUUCUAUCUGUUCUGUUAAAGGCCGGAAGGGUGCAAAAGAGGAGCACUGUCCAUUGGCUUGGGGAAAUAUAAACAUGUUUGAUUACACAGACACUCUUGUAUCUGGGAAAAUGGCUUUGAAUCUUUGGGCAGUACCUCAUGGCCUGGAGGAUUUGUUAAAUCCUAUUGGUGUUACUGGGUCAAAUCCAAAUAAGGAAACUCCAUGUCUAGAGCUGGAAUUUGAUUGGUUUAGCAAUCCUGUGAAGUUUCCAGAUAUGACAGUGAUUGAAGAGCAUGCCAAUUGGACUAUAUCACGUGAACUGGGGUUUAACUACAGCUAUGCGGGGCUGAGUAACAGAAUAGCUAGAGAUAAUGAAUUAAGAGAAAGUGACAAGGAGCAACUUCGAGCUAUAUGUACACGAGAUCCUUUGUCUGAAAUCACUGAGCAAGAGAAGGACUUCCUCUGGAGCCACAGACACUAUUGCGUGAAUACUCCAGAAAUUCUGCCCAAAUUACUUCUGUCUGUUAAAUGGAAUUCUAGAGAUGAAGUGGCCCAGAUGUACUGUUUGGUAAAAGAUUGGCCUCCAAUCAAGCCAGAGCAAGCAAUGGAGCUUCUGGACUGUAAUUAUCCAGAUCCAAUGGUGCGAGCUUUUGCAGUUCGGUGUCUAGAGAAGUACUUGACAGAUGACAAACUGUCUCAGUACUUAAUCCAGCUAGUACAGGUUCUAAAAUAUGAACAGUACUUGGAUAAUCAGCUUGUGAGAUUUUUACUCAAGAAGGCACUGACCAAUCAAAGGAUAGGACACUUCUUCUUCUGGCAUUUAAAGUCUGAAAUGCACAAUAAAACUGUAAGUCAGAGGUUUGGUUUACUUCUGGAGUCCUAUUGUCGGGCGUGUGGAAUGUACCUAAAACAUCUGAGCAGGCAGGUGGAGGCUAUGGAGAAGUUGAUUAACCUCACUGAUAUUCUCAAGCAGGAAAAAAAAGAUGAGACCCAGAAGGUACAGAUGAAGUUUCUUGUUGAACAAAUGAGGCGGCCAGAUUUUAUGGAUGCUUUACAGGGUUUUAUCUCUCCUCUUAAUCCUGCACAUCAACUGGGAAAUCUUCGGCUUGAGGAGUGCAGGAUAAUGUCGUCUGCAAAAAGGCCACUGUGGUUGAACUGGGAAAACCCAGAUAUUAUGUCUGAAUUGUUAUUUCAGAACAAUGAGAUAAUCUUUAAAAAUGGAGACGACUUGCGUCAGGACAUGCUGACACUUCAGAUAAUUAGAAUUAUGGAAAACAUCUGGCAAAAUCAGGGUCUGGAUCUUCGGAUGUUGCCUUAUGGUUGUUUGUCUAUUGGUGACUGUGUGGGACUCAUCGAGGUAGUCAGGAGCUCUCAUACCAUCAUGCAGAUUCAGUGUAAAGGAGGCUUGAAAGGAGCAUUGCAGUUCAACAGCCAUACAUUGCAUCAGUGGCUCAAGGACAAGAACAAAGGAGAAAUGUAUGAUGCAGCUAUUGACUUGUUUACACGUUCUUGUGCUGGCUACUGUGUUGCUACCUUUAUACUGGGCAUUGGUGAUCGCCACAAUAGUAACAUCAUGGUGAAAGAUGAUGGACAACUGUUUCACAUUGACUUUGGGCACUUCCUGGAUCACAAGAAGAAAAAAUUUGGUUAUAAAAGGGAGCGUGUGCCAUUUGUCUUAACACAGGACUUCUUAAUAGUGAUUAGUAAAGGAGCCCAAGAAUGCACUAAAACAAGGGAGUUUGAAAGGUUCCAGGAGAUGUGUUACAAGGCUUAUCUAGCAAUUCGGCAGCAUGCCAAUCUCUUCAUAAAUCUUUUCUCCAUGAUGCUUGGCUCAGGAAUGCCAGAACUGCAGUCCUUUGAUGAUAUUGCAUACAUUCGAAAGACCCUUGCAUUGGACAAAACUGAGCAGGAAGCUCUGGAGUACUUCAUGAAGCAAAUGAAUGAUGCUCACCAUGGUGGCUGGACAACAAAAAUGGACUGGAUCUUUCACACAAUAAAACAGCAUGCUUUGAACUGAAAUGAAAGCAAAGAAAACAAGAACUGAUAGCCCACUUUGUGGGUACUGCACUGUUAAUACCCAUUAGCAGCAAAGACUGGUUGCAUAGGAAUUGCACAAACCAUGAAGAACAUCUGAAUUUAUGGCAAGAAAAGAGAUGAACUGCUCAGACAACUGUUGAAAAAUAAUGUAAAACAGGGUUUCAGAUAGCACUAAAAUUGUACACUUCAAAAAUUAAGCUUUAGUAUGAUGUGUGACUUCAUGUUAUGCCUUAAGCCCAAAAAGGUAAACUUGGAAGAACGUUUCCUUUUUUCACUUGAUAGGAUAAAUUAGAAGGAGAAAGAAAAUAGUUCUAGCAUGAACAUAGAGUCCAUCACAUAUUACCUUAGAUCUGGUACAACUGGUAGAGCCUAUGCUGGAUUGACGAGUGGAAAGAGAAUUCAAGUGAUAGCAAAUAUUUAAAAUCAGCAUAGGUUGAAUGAAAGGAGUCUUAAGCUCAAAGAUCUAAAAACAAUAGUGAGAGGACAGUGCCUUUUAAAUGUGCUCAGAGGCAUUAACAGUUAUGGGGUUUGGAUGACCCUUUGAUUUCUGGGUCUGUCACAUGCACAGUUUCUGAAAGCAGUAGGAAGUAGGCCCACUUGGUAUGGUGUUUCUUCUGCUCAGUAUUUCUAGAGGUGCAAUUCAUACCUUCACAAAGAAACUCCCUGUCAUCCCCCAAAACUGACUAACCUGGAAAUUGAAUGGUCAAAUUGGGUUUAGUGCAACAGAGAGUUGUAUUGUUCAUCUUAGGUUUGGUUUAAUCUAACUUGAACUGAAUAGAUUUUUUUCAUACAUGUUUUCCAGAACCUAAAGAAAGGUGAGUUAUUAAAAUUAUUGAAAGAUUAUUUUUUUAUAAAGGCUAUUUAUAUAACAGGAACUAUUAUUAAUAUAUAUUCUUUAUUUACAUGAUUUGUCCAAUAUUCACUCUUUUAAUUUUGCAGCCCAGUUCUAUCUGUCCAAGGCUCCCGUUUCCAUUAAUGUCACUGAAGGUGACCAGAUAUACUCCUAGGACCAAAUUCAACCCUGGUGAAAGAGGACACAAGUACCAUUAAAGUAGUGGGACAUGCACCCACUAAUGCCAGAGGUGAACUUGGCCUAAGUCUCUUCAAAAAUUUUUGGGCAUCACUCUUCACAUUACUGAAGUGAUAUGCUGGCUAUUCAAGGAACGUACAUUUAAGCCCUCAGUCUUUGGGUCCACCAUUUCUCCUCUUUCUUCUUCCUUUGGAAGUGGUUGUUUAAUCCAGAUAACAUCAGUAACAGAUACAUCAGAAAGAGAAAUUUAGGUUUUUCAAUAUGAUCAGUAAUAAGCAGUUCAACAUACAGCAGAUGCGUUGGCUAGCUCAAAGCAUGUGGAGUUACCAAACAUUUUAUAGCUUUGUCUGUUUUGUGUGUGUGUGUAAUAUAUAUUUGUAAAUGUAGUUGUUGUCCUCUAACACAAUACAAUGUGUGCAAUCAGUUAAA